AUAUUCGGUUAUUAGGCAUUGGAGGCGGGUCAUCCUCUACUAAAACCAGUCUUCACUCUUCAGUGUAGCGGAGCUCUUCACUAAUGAAGGUUGACCAGUGUUGUGAUGUGCUUCUGAUGAAUCUACUAGAAUUCCAUUCAUCUUUGUUCUGCAAAUCUGUGCUAUUCUUCAACAAAUGAAAGUUUACCAUCCACUUUUGAAUGAUUUACUAUCACUGUAAUCGGGAAUCGACCUCCUGUGAUGAGUCAUUGAUUGUUUUCAACAAUAUCUUAUAAGUGCUUAUCUUAUCAGUGCUCGGUUCCAACUGACUCAACCCUCAGAUUAGUAUCAGUAAGAUUCCUGUGAUGGUGCGUAAAUUCCUGGUUGCCUCGAUUCUUCUAUUCUGCUCAACGUCAGGCCAGAACAAUUUGCCAGAUUACAAUAGACUGGUGAAAGAUGUGUUCCCCCCACCACCGGAGAUGCCUAUGAAUCCAGACGAAUGCAUUUGUGUGCCGUAUUACCAAUGCGCCCUAAAUCGAACAAUUAUUGAUGAUGGGGAAGGCGUCAUUGAUGUCAAAACGAAACCAGACUGCGAAAACCCAAUAGACGUGUGCUGUUGGAAAAACAUCCCGCGCAACCCGCAGACUGCGUCGCCACCUGGGUAUAACCCCCCUCCUCCGACGGUCAACACCCCACCUCCGCCGCAACAACAAUGGCGGGGCUGCGGGUUUCGCAACGAGAACGGAGUGGCCGUGCGGGUGAAGAACGACGAAGAUGGCGACACGCUGUUCGGCGAGUUCCCCUGGAUGGUGGCCAUCUUGCGGGAGGAGAUGGGGGUCAUGGUCUACCAGUGCGGGGGCUCCCUCAUCCACCCCCAGGUCGUGCUGACAGCCGCGCAUUGUACCAUCAGACGUGAUCCAAAGAAACUAGUUGUAAGAGCAGGGGAAUGGGACACUCAACGACAGAGCGAACUGAUAUCUCACCAACAGCAAGGAGUGAUGAAGAUAAUUGCCCACAAAGACUUCUAUUCAGGAGGACUCUACAAUGAUGUGGCAUUGGUUGUUCUAAGUGAGCCUUUCACUAUGGCCGAAAACAUAAACACUGUUUGCCUGCCUCAUCAGAGCACAGUUUUCGACGACCAGGAGUGUAUUGCUACGGGGUGGGGCAAGGAUAGAUAUGAUAGUGGCGGUGAAUACCAGACAAUACUUAAAAAGGUGGAUCUGCCGAUGGUGCCUCACCAAAGGUGCGAGGAGGAGCUGCGGAAAACGCGGCUGGGAGCCAAAUUCAGGCUGCAUUACAGCUUCGUCUGUGCUGGUGGCGUCACCGGCAAGGAUACUUGCAAGGGUGAUGGUGGAAGCCCCCUAGUUUGUCCAAUCCCGGGCACCAGAGACAGAUAUCAGCAAGUGGGCAUAGUGGCCUGGGGUAUCGGAUGCAGUACCACUGUUCCCGGAGUAUAUGUCAAUGUACCUGGAUUUAGGGAAUGGAUCAAUUUGCAAAUGAGCAAUUUGAACUUGAAUACUGUAGCUUAUACGUUUUAAAUGACUCGCUUUUCCAGGAAAAGUCAGAGUAGGUUUAAUGUAAUUGUACAAAAAUAUUAUAAUUUAUUAAGAUAAUGUCGAAAUAAGAUAUUUUAAUUGAUCUGUGUUUUUAAAUUAUUUAAAUGUAUCUUGCUAAGCUUUUAGAAACUAUUUUAAAGAUGAAUAUAUGACCCAUGAUUUUUUUUUGGGUUGACAUAUUAAAUAUUUCUUACAAUUAAAUUUUUUUAUUGAUCAGAGAACUUUAAAACUCUGGUUGAUGAGUUUUUAACUUGAAAUUGUACGUGAAUCGAAUGAUCUAUUUAAAUAAUCUCUUGACUAUUUUGGUCUAAUGUCUGUUGUUUUUACUCUAAUAGUAUGUACAGUAUAGUAAGCUUUUAUGAAUAAAAAAUGUAAAUCAAUGUUUCUAUUAUUAUCAUCAUGCCAUAUUACAGUCUCUAGGAGUAAGGUACACAGUCACAGUAGUCUUGAAUUGAAGAAAUUAUUCAAUUUCACAUCUUGAGGCCAUCUCAAAAGUUAUUGAAUGUGUUUAAUUAUGUAGAAUCAAAGAGGAAAGAUAACAUGAGUAGAUAUUCCAUGAUAUAGGGCGUUUAUAUUCCAAAUUUUAUUGGUAACUCAAGCCGAUAGUCCAAGUAGUUCAUUUUCAUGAAACUAUAUGUGACGCUGGUAGUAGUUCUUACAGUCUCAUCCCGAUAUUAUUGUCCUGUACUAAAUUUUCUAUGUUUCAUUGAAGGACAACACAAGUUUGCAGUGUUAAAGACUGAAGUGGAGAAUAAAAAAAA